GGGGGGGGGGGGGGGAGCUGCUAAAAACACUCCCGGACGACACGACUCCAGAUGCGAUCUUCCCUUUUGGACAUUUUCUCAAAAACGUGAAGCCAAAGUCAAGUUGCAUUAGAAGAUUUAGGCCUAACAAAAUGUUCCCAGUUGAAACUGACCAUCAGUUUGUGGAUUUGCUAAACCGAGAAUAAUGAAAGUUAUAAAGAUAUACAUCCCACUCAGUGGCAAAUGCAUGUAGGCUGCCCGCAGAAUGGAAAACAUGUAAAUAGUGUAUAUUUCUGAAAGCACUGAUUAUUUAUACUCAUGCUAUCACUGCCAUCUACAGAUCAGCUGUGAAAGUUCAGAUAAGGGUGCUCUCAUCCAGCCCUCACCGGGAGCACGUCGGGACAUUUUUCUGCCUUAGAUACCAGACAACGAAAAGGCCACUCUUCUUCGCCGAGUGCAGCUGAUCUUCCCUCAACACCAGAGGCAAGAAAGGAAGCAGGCGAAAAAGAUAACGACCCUCAGAUAUCUGGGGAAAUAUUGCCAGGGAUUGAAAGGCAACUUAAUGGGUACCAUGGCAAUUACAAAAGUGCUCUAUUAACAUAAAAAGCUAUGUGAAAUAUUCCAUAUUGAGACAACCCGGUUUCUUUGGGAAACAUGUAAUUACUUUGACUACACAGCCAUAAAAUAUGAAGAAUAUAAUUAUUUCUUUCUGGGUAACAGCCAGCCAAACGCCAUUAAGCAAAACCAAGGUCAAAAUGCACUGCGAGCGGAUGUGGGAGGGGUGGAAAGAGGCUGAAAGCAGGUAGAUAAAACAUUUACUCCUAAUGACUCACCUCCGACGGAGCAGACAAGCAACGCCAUGGACAUCGGAACAGCAAUUUUAAUAAUUGGCUUCGCCGCUCUCGUUGCAGCCUUCCUCCUUCUGGUAAUUGGACUUGUGUACGCCGAGCUGAUGAACUCAGACAUUCCUCGUGGGGUUGCAAAUAGUGGGAAACUGCACAUGGUCCACGGCCUGUUUGUUGGCUUAGCAAUUGUGGGCCGGAUACUUGAUCGCCUGGGUAUUUGUCAGCAGGUCAACUUCGUCCGGUGGUUUGUGGCCUGUUUUCUCACUCGCUUGCGUCCGGUUCCAGCGGGCCUGCGAGUGAAGGACCUAAAGUUCUCUGAGGUUCCAGUGCGGCUCUACGAACCCACCGCCAUGUGUGACGGCUUGAGAAGAGGUCUGGUGUAUUUCCAUGGAGGAGGAUGGGUGUUGGGCAAUAUAGAUUCGGUUGAUGAAGUCUGUCGGCACAUCGCCAAGGAGUCAGAAACCACCGUGGUUUCUGUUGGGUACCGAUUAGCCCCCGAGCACAGGUACCCUGCCCAGCUGGACGACUGUGAGACAGCGCUGUGUCACUUCCUGUCUGUGGCUGAGGCAGAGUUUAGCGUGGACGCUAACAGAGUGGCGGUCGGAGGCGACAGCACUGGCGCCAAUAUGGCAGCAGCGCUGUGCCAAAGGCUGGCGAGGACGGAGGUUGGACGUCUGCCAUUCCCUUGCGCUCAGGUUCUCAUCUACCCGACCCUGCAGAUGGCGGAUUUCAACCUGCCCUCAUACCAGCAAAAUCACGCUGUGCCCAUAUUGUUUCGUGGCCGUAUGGCGUUCUACUUCCUGCAAUACCUCAAUGGCGACGUGUCUUUGUGCCAGGACUUGUUGGAAGGGAUCCAUGUUCCCACUGAGCUCAAGCCAAGCUAUAAGGAGUGGCUCUCCCCUUCCAACCUCCCACCUGAAUUUCUUGCGCGGGGCCACAGUGAGAUCGCAACCGCGCAAUACGAUGCGGAGGUGUAUCACGCAAUCAAAGCGGGUUUGGAACAUGAAGUCUCCCCUUUACUGGCGGAUGAUGCGGCCGUUAGGAAAACGCCUCCCACCUUCAUCCUCACCUGCGAGUAUGACGUCCUGAGGGACGACGGGAUUCUUUACAGGAAACGGCUGCUGGAUUUGAAAAAGGAUGUCACCUGGCGACACGUGGCGGACGGUUUUCACGGCGUAAUUAACUUUUUCAACCACGGCUGGCUCACUUUUCCCUCCGCAGCGCACGUUGUGGAUAGUGUCGUUGACUACAUGAGAACACUGUGAAGAUCAUGUAUUUUAUUCUGCUUUCCAUUCGCUUUUACAUUGAAAUAAAUAAAACUUGACUUGA